AUGCACAUUGCCACUCAAAUUAUCACCCAACACGCCGGCCUCGUUGUACACAAAGACGACUCGGAUCAAUAUCAACAGCCGCUUCUCACCAGUCCCGCUUUCUCACACUGUAUCAUCGUCACCUACUGCAUAUCCCUCCAUCCAUCUCAUCUCUGCAGAAUCAAGUCGUUCUCGCUCAUCUUCCGCUCACCACCGCCCAAACUCCAAAGGAUUCUUCCCAGAGUGCCUCUUCCUCUAAACAAAAAUUCGCCUCCAGUCUUGUCGAUUAAGCUUCCUUUGAGGAUUGAGGACAUCUGGAAACAUACUGCAGACAGCACUAUGUUAUCUCGAAGCCAUUCGUCCCAAGGUUCCCAAAAUUUGCAAGAGGAAAGCAUUGGCCUCUCUCCCACAAUCCAUACCUGCCAUGCCUCUGUAUCAUUACCUACUGAAUACCCCUCCAUCCGUCUCAUUUCUGCAGAAUCAAGUCGUUCUCACUCAUCUAUUCCACCCACCACUGCGCAAAUUCCAAAGGAUUCUUCCCAGAGCGCCUCUUCUUCUAAACAAAAAUUUUUUUCAAGGCUUGCCGAUCAAGCUGUCAGCACCUUGUCCGAGAUCUGGCACCCUCAGGAUAUUCCUUCCGUGUUCCUACCCCCCGCCAAAGUAGGGGGUAGCUCUUUUCCUCCUACUCAUUCCCGUCCAACUUCCAAGCAGAUCUCUUCCGAUUUGCAAUCCAUAGCGUCUCAUACACAUCCAAUACAUCCACACAACAGUCAUCCCUCCGUAUCCGGCCAUAACCCUUCCCCGACCCUCUUGCUUGCCUCGGGCACCAAAUCCGAUCAGAUAUUACCCCUCAAGUCUUUUGUUUAUAAAGUCCUUCGCCACUCAAGGACAUCUAAAAACGUACUGCAGAUAGCACUAUGUUAUCUAGAAUCCAUUCGUCCCAAGGUCCCACAGAUUUUGCAAGAGGAAAACAUCGGCAUUUGCUCUUAUGCUCAGCCCAAAAGCAGUAUUCAGAAAGCUACCCCAGAAGAGCUGGCGAUGGAUGCUGAGCUUACUGCUCUUGAGAACUCCGGCAAGAUCAACAUCAUCAAUAAUUUCAUUGACAAUUCUAUGCAAACAUUCCGUGUUGCCGAUUCUGGUUCACAAGAUCUGGCUGAAUCGUGCAUCUAUCCACAAGACUCUCUGUCCAGCGUAGAUGUGCAGGUCUCAACGGCUCCUCUUUCCACCACCCUUUCUUUGCCAUCUCCCCUCCUGUGUCCCCGUAGAGCCUUUCUGGCAUCCCUCAUCCUGGCCUCCAAAUUUUCACAAGAAAAGUGUUAUUCUAACCGUGCUUGGGCAAGGUUAUCUGGUCUCCCACCUCGUGAAAUUGGUCGCUGCGAACGUGCCCUCGCACAAGCCUUGCAAUGGCGACUCUGGGUCGGCAAAUGCGCCUUUGGUGAGAGUGCUGCAACUGCCACAUAG